AUGAGACAAUCACCAAUGUUUCUCUUUGCCAUUUGCACAAUGAUUUUCCCAUCGAUCAUUGUUGCACAAUAUGGACAUUGUGUUGCACGAAAUGGUCGUAGUGGAGAAUGUAUAAAUGCAGGUCGAUGUAAAACUCUUGGUGGAACAUCCGAUCCUGCUAAUCUUUGUCCAGGAGAUCAAUCAAUUCAAUGUUGUACUUAUCGUGAUUGUCCAUGUUGUUUAUUAUGUGGACAAGGUUGUAAUGGAGGUUUUCCAACUGCUGCUUGGAAUCAUUAUCGAUUUACUGGAUUAGUUACUGGUGGAAAUUACAAUUCGAAACAAGGUUGUGAACCAUACACAAUUCCUUCAUGUGAUCAUCAUGUCAAUGGAUCUCUUCCACCAUGUCAAGGUGAAGAACCUACUCCCCGUUGUACACACAAAUGUAUUGAUGGUUAUCCAACUCCAUAUGACAAAGAUAAACAUCAUGGUAAAAGUGUUUAUUCAGUUCGUUCACAGCAAGAACAAAUUCAAACUGAAAUUAUGAAAAAUGGACCUGUCGAAGGUGCUUUUUCAGUUUAUGCAGAUUUUCUUGCGUAUAAAUCAGGUGUUUAUCAACAUACAGCUGGUUCGUUUCUCGGUGGUCAUGCUAUAAAAAUUCUUGGUUGGGGUAUCGAAAAUUCCACACCUUAUUGGCUUGUUGCUAAUUCAUGGAAUGAAGAUUGGGGCGAUAAAGGUUACUUUAAAAUUCUUCGUGGUUCAGAUGAAUGUGGAAUUGAAAGUGGAAUCGUUGCUGGUGAACCAAAACUUAAUUAA